GUCAACAUGUUAAAAUUAAAACUAUACGGUUUAGACUUAAGUCCACCCGUACGUGCUGUAUUUCUAACUCUGAAAGCACUCGGGUUGCCCUACGACUAUAUUCCAGUAGAUCUCUUGUCCAAGGAGCAUAUGUCAGCGCAAUAUCUGCAGAAGAAUCCUCAGCAUACUGUGCCAACUUUGGAGGAUAAUGGACAGUUUAUUUGGGACUCACACGCAAUUAUGGCUUAUUUGGUGCGGAAAUACGGCAAGGAUGAUUCACUAUAUCCAAAGGAUCCAAUACUUCGCGCUAUUGUUGACCAGCGCCUACACUUCGAGUCCGGGGUGGUUUUUACUGGCGCAUUGCGUAGCAUUACCACGCCUUUGCUAUUUUCUGGCAGAACAGAAAUACCAAAAGAACGUAUCGACGCUAUUGCCGAGGUUUAUGAUUUUAUGGAGGAAUUUCUUAAGCACCAUAACUAUAUCGCGGGUAAUCAUCUCACCAUUGCAGAUUUCAGUCUGAUUUCUUCAAUCACUUCACUGGUUGCUUUCCUUGAUAUCGAAGUGGUUAAGUACUCGCAAAUCGUUGCUUGGAUGAGGCGUCUAGAGCAGCUCCCCUAUUACGAGGAGGCCAAUGGCAGUGGUGCUACGAAAUUGGUGGCGGAAUUAAAAAAUGCGAAUUUUACAAUUUUGCCAUAAAUAUAAAUCGAAUAAAUAUUCAAAUAAAUCAAAAAUAUUUUCUCA